CAACACUUGACUCAUCUGUGUGUCACUGCUCCUCUCUGCUAGACUUACACAGAGAGAGAAACACAUACAAACAGCGAAGAGUUGAAAUUAAAGGAACCUAUUCCGGCUGACUUGGACUGGAGACAUGACCAAAGAGACUGAGACUCUGGGACUGGUCUUUCAGAGUGAGAAUUUCAACUAUAACCGCUACACAAACUACAUCAUGGACUCCUGGUCCUACCUGGACAACCCUGUCCCCGAGCAGAACCACUCCAAAUCCAGACUCCACCCCGGAGACGACCUGGCAGCCUUAACCAUGCUUUAUGAACAGUGCAAGAACCAGAAAGAGCAGAAGAUUGCUGCCUGCAACCGCAACAUCUGCAAACCACCAGAGAGGACUCAAACCAACGCCAAUGAUCUUGUUUCACUGGAGACGUCCGCCAACGUCAUGAAGAUCCUCUCUGAGAGCAUUCCCACCAGCCACCCCCAGGAAAUUUUGGGAACCAAGCACAACACCCCCCUGCCCAUCUCCACUCCCAGCAACUCAGACACCUACGCCACCUUGACCAGCGUGGUGGCAGACACUUACGACAAGCAGGAGCUCAACAUCAUCUUUGACUCUUUGCUGCAGAAGUGGCCAGAGACCGGGGCUUUCCCUGACCCUAGCACCGAGACUCUUCCCUACAGUGACCCCUUCCCUGAAGAGCAGUCCAGCCCUGUCUACUCAGGCUCCUACACCGGCUCCCCAACGGAGAGAUACAGGAGUGACUUUCAGUUUUCCCUUGGAGCUCCCUCAGCGACCCCUUACAAAUCCAGCGAGGUGCCCAUGGUCUACCUGAACAAGGGGCAGUUUUACCCUAUCACUCUCCAGGGAGUGGACAGCAGUGCUUGCCUAACCAGCACCAAAGUCAAGACAGUCGUGAUGGCUGUGUUUGAGAAUGACAAAAGCCCAGAAAUGCAGCUCCGUCUUUGGAAUCACUGGCAUGCCCGCCAGCCAACUGUCAAGCAGAGGGUCAUUGACAUCGCGGACUACAAGGAAGUGUUCAGCGGCAUUAGCAACAUAGAGGAGGUGGCCUUCAAUGCGCUCUCCUUUAUUUGGAACCCCAGUGAGGAGGCCAAGGUGUACAUUGGCAUCAACUCUCUGAGCACAGAUUUCUCCUCGCAGAAGGGAGUGAAAGGCCUGCCUCUAAACAUCCAGAUCGACACUUACGACUACAGCUCGGGAACUAACCAUCUCAUACACAGAGCUGCUUGCCAGGUCAAGAUUUUCUGUGAUAAGGGUGCAGAGAGGAAGAUGCGUGAUGAGGAGAGGAAGAGAUCCAAGAGGAGGGGACAAAAAAACACUAAUGAUGCUAACACCAACAAGGGUUUAGUGAGCAGCUCCAUGGGCAGUGACUGUACCUUCUUCCAGACCCUGGAUGAUCACAUCACCCAGCCAGUUCUCUUUAUUCCAGAGACACAUCUCUCCAGCUUACAGCGCAUGGCCACUCCUAUGGAGGACAUCGAAAGGAAUUCUCUCAAGAGGUUGUAUCCAGACAGAGAUCAGAACAGCUCUCCACCCAGCAAGCAACCCCGCAGAGAUGACUCACAGAGAAUUCUGCUGUACGUGAGGACAGGCGCUGAAGAGGUCUUUGAUGCGCUCAUGCUCAGCUCGCCAACACUGUCAGGCCUACGGGAAGCUAUUUCAGAGAAGUAUGGUAUGCAAGAAGACACCAUUGGGAAAAUCUACAAAAAAUGCAAAAGAGGGAUCUUCGUCAACAUGGAUGACAACAUCAUUGAACACUACACCAACCAGUCAGCUUUCCUCAUUGAGAUGUCCGAAGUGGUCGCCGGUCAGUUCCAGGUCACCCUCAUUGAAGUAUGAAAACAAGUCAGCCACCCGUUCCACUGAUGGAUGAAACAACUCACAGCUGCCAUUUUAAACCAUCUCUAAAAGCACUGCCCACUCAGAGACAAUGUAAGCUGUGGACUGCUGAAAACCAUUAAGAGAACCGGACUGAACUGGGAUUUCAGAUGAAAAUGUCAAAUCGUUUCUAGAUUUUGUAAAUACUACUCACCCCAGUUCUUAUGAUCUUGUUAUUUGAAUUUAAUAUUGUAACGUAAGAGCAAUUAUGAGGAAUAACCUGUAUAUAAAUAAUGUAAAUAGAUUUUAAUAUGACAGUGUUUUAUGAGCUAGCCAUGUGCAUGUGGCAAUCCAUUUUUCCACAAAUUGCUAUGUAUUUCAAUUUUUUACAGAGUUCUGUACAUGAAUUGUGUACAGUGUAUUUUCAGCAUUUUCAGAGGUUGCUAUUCUUGCUGCUUUCAAUGUACUCAUCAUUUCUUCCAUAAGAGCCAAUGGUGCGUUUUCUUACCCACAACCUGCAAACAAUGUUUUUCACUGCCAAAAGUGUCUUCCUGUAGGUUCCUGUUAGUUUCACAUAUUCAGAACCUCAUGUCACACAUUUCGCCCCGUAAAACCAUGCAGAGUUAGUAUUGGCCAUCAUUUAGCCCAAAGCUGUGGACAUUUCUUGACUGUAUGGUGUAACCACAGAGUUUUCCUGGAAACAGUUCAACCCCCCCCCCCAGACCCCCUGAUGCCUGCCAGAGGACUUUCAUGGUGUGCAUGGUGUAUGUGUGUGUGUAAAAAGUUGUAGGAUUUUUUUUUUUCCUUAUACGUUACGCAUCAUUUCAAAGCGAACAUGUAUCCCAGUAAUAUUUCAUGAUUAUACCAUGGCAAUUCUGGUUGUAUUAGUCAAAUCUUGUCCUUUUUGUAAGAAAAUAAA